AUGUCACCACAAAAUUUCUCGAUACCAUUUUUAAAAAUACCAAUAAAAGAAAACUUUCAUCCCGACGGUACUUUAGGUUUACCAAAAAUAAACUUCGACCCGAAAUCCCUAGCGUUUGGCGGUGCCUUAGUGAUUGUGACCAGUCUGCUAGCGUCAGUGUUCAGCAAGGGCAUUACUGUACAAAACCAUAGAUACAGUAGACAGGAUGAAUAUUAUAUUCCGGAUGGGCUUACGGAUAUUGCAAAUAUAAUAUUAUCUAACGGUCAAAGAUGUCCUGCUCGACUUGCCUGUUGGGCCGGUCGGACUGCCAACAUUAGAAAUCUAAAUGCUUGGAAGAAAAUUACGAGAAACAAGCUACUAUCGUCCAUGUUCAACACCACAGAUGUUGAAUAUGCAUACAGAGUUGGCAGGAAUGGAGGAGACUGCGGCACAUUCAGACCUUGUCCAUUAAAUGAUUAUCAGUUUACACAAAUAAUAGACAAUAUAUCUUCUUAUAAAAACACUUUUAUACCAUCGAAUGCUGACAAAUAA